GGUCACAGACCCAAUACCAUUACACCAUUCAAGGUUGCACUAUUAAUAGGUAUUAGUAUGGGUAAAUUCUUCGAGAAAAAAAAAAUUAAAGUCAUUACAAAAAAUUUAAGUAGUGGUUAG